AUGGAGUAACUUUUAUUAUAGACUUAGUAGAGUUAGUCUCCAGAUAUACCUACUAUCUCCAGAACUGAAAAUAUGCCAUCAGAUAAGCAGAAUAAGUAAAAUAGUUCAAAUAGUAAAAAAAAUAGCAGAGCUGAAUAAAGAGAUUCGCUAAGUAAAAUAUUUAAAAUGAGGGAGAAUUCUGACCCAAGUGGUGCAUGCCAUAGAAACGAUAAUAAAUCUUUACCUAAAUUAGUGUAAAAUUAAGAUGCUUUAUAAAAGAUAAAUCACUAAAUUUUACAAAGAACAUAUUUAAACUAAAAGAAUGAAUAAAUUUUUUCUAAAAAUCCUCUAGUAAAUUAUACAUUCAAUCAAAUAGAAUUAAAUAGCAAUAGUCCUUUAAAAAGAUCAGUUUAUUAAAAGAGCAGCAAUACAUAAUAUAGGAAUAGUAUGGUCAAUUACUAAAGAGUUACACAAAACAUUAAUUACAAGCCCAUUAAUACAAUAAAUAACAGUGAGUUAGUUGAUUAAACAGGUAAAAGCAAAGAAGAUGAGUUGGAAAGUUUAUUUAAUGAGAAUUUUACUUAGAACUGCUAAAAAUUAGAUAAUUCUAGGUUGAAAUAACAGGAAAUAGAAUCACUAAAUUACUUGAAAAGAGCUAGCUUUAAGAAGCCUUAAUUUAAGCUAAAUAUGAGUUAUCAAAAAAGAGUUAUGGAAAACAGAUAAAUUAAUCAAUAAAAAAACUAAAGCAAUGAUACAAAAUAAAUGUCAUCAGUACUUAACAUUUAGCCCCUUCAGAAUGCUUACAAGAACUUUGAAACUAAUGGAGAAGACAGCUUAAGUAAUACAAGUGAGAUCUUAAUAAGUAAAGUAGAUUAGAGAAACAAAGAUGAAUUAUAUUAAUUAAUAAAAAAAAAAUAUUAAAAUGCCUCAUUUUAAUAAUAUCUUCAAUAAUCAAAUCAAAAUUAUGAACCUAGUGAAUAGGAUAUAAAUUAUUAAUCUAACAAUACAAAACUUAAUUUUCGGACUUCUUCAAAUUCAAGGUAAGGUACUAGUAAUAAUCAAAAUUAUAAAGAUAAUUAUUUACCCAAGAGAUAGCCAUUUAGCAUCUAACCUAAAAAAUUUAAUGGGAAAGAUACUUCUUAUUUAGAGAAUGAUAUAAUUGGAUCUAAUUUGAAUUAAUUUGAAAGAAGUUUGUUGGCUGAGAAAGAGCAGUCUAUACUUAAAAGAACUAUUUUGGAUUCUUAGCUAAACACUCCUCCUCCAGUUAAUUAAAAGCAAUAGUAGUUGAAUAUCUCUUCUCAAAAUAAAAAUGGAAAAAUUAUAUUACAUAUAAACAAAUCAAGCAAUAAGAUAGUAGGAUCGAUAACUCCUACAGAAAAUCAAAGUCAUCAUAGCUUAGAUUAAAACUCAUAGAGUAAAAUAAAUUAAGUAGAAAUUUCAAAAAUGAAUAAUUGCUUAGAUAAUUUUAACACUAAUGAUAUAUCUAUAAAUGGAACAAUUAAACUUAAUAGAAAAUUUAGUAGCUUAAAUAAUUUAGACUUUAAUACAGAUCAAAUGAAUGAUUUAGAUGAAGGCGCAAGCCAAUAAAUAAGUACUGAUGUGGCUUUAACUAAUUCAGGAAAACUAUCUUAGUCAACAGAAAAGCAAAAAGUAGCUAACAUAAGAUUAGAAAAUCAAUCAAAAUUAGAUGAAAAUCAAGAGAACUUUACAAAUGUCCUUAGUGAAAAAGCAGAUAACUAAUCUGUUUAAGAAAAUUCAAACUAUGAACAACUUAAUGAGUAAAAGCAGUCGAUUGAGGCAAUUCAGAGAGAUGUUAAAGAUAAUCUUAACUUAGAAAUAGAUGAAUAAGAGCUAAUCACUCAAGCUAGUUAAAACCAUAAAUAAUUUUCUUCGCCAAUAAAAUCAUUAACUCAGUAAACUCCUAGAGAAAAGAAGAUUGUUUAGAUUUAACUUGAAAGACUACAUUUUUAAAGCCAAUCAAGCUAAGAUGCAAGUAAAAAUGUAUAAAUAGGAGAUUAAAGAUAGUUCAUUAGAACAAAAAGAAGCAAUCAAUCUUAGCUAACUGAGAGAAAAAACUCUAAAUCUUAAAGUUAUAACAUUGCAAGCUAAAGUAAUAAAAUAAAAUCAUCAAACAACAUCGAUAAUAGUUCAGAUGGAAAAUCAAGUAAGAGCCCAUCUAAAAAACCAAUAAAAUAAAAAGCAUUUAAAUAACCUCCGGAAGUUAGCUCUAAGUGUUGGUCUGUUUUUAAUUCAGACACAAAUGAAUUCAUAUUUGGCAAGAGCCAUAAUUUUCAAGUUGAGAUAGCUUCUUUGACUAAAAUUAUGACAUGCUAUGUCACAAUUAAAUUUUUAGAAGAAAAUCAGCUAGAUAUUAAGAAUGUUUUUAUAGAGGUUAGCAAAGCUGCAACAAAAACUAUAGGUACUACUGCUAAUUUAGAAAAAGGUGAUUUUGUUUCUACAUAUGAGUUACUUUAUGGUUUGAUGCUUCCAAGUGGAAACGAUGCAGCUGUAGUACUUUCAGAAGGUGUAGGAUAUCUACUUUAUUGCUAAUAAUCAAAACUUUCAUUCACAAACGACAAUACUUCAAGUGGAGUACCAGGAGAUUAAAAAAUUUACGUUAAUUAUAAAUGCAAAUCAGAAGCAGGUGGUUUGAAUUAGUGUAUGAAUAUUUUUAUAAAGGAAAUGAAUAAAUAAGCUUAGAAAGUUGGCCUAGAGCGAACUAAUUAUGCUUGUGUACAUGGCCUUUCUAACAAAUAUAAUACAAGUACUGCAAAAGAUGUUGGUUUGCUAAGUUGCAUAGUAAUGAAGCAUCCUCUCAUUUAAAAGGUAGUUAACACAAAAGAAUACGAAACAGUCGAUGUCCUAGACCAAGAAAAAUCUAAUUAAGAUUAGUAUGAGUGGGAAAAUACAAACUAAAUGCUUGAAAAAAAAGGAUAUGAUGGAGUAAAAACUGGUGUCACUGAAACUGCAGGGCCUUGUCUUUCUUCAAGUUACAAAUGUAAAAGGAAUGGAAAAUAAGUUGGGCUAAUAUGUGUGCUUCUUAAUUGCAAAUCUAUGGAUCAUAGAUGGCCAGAAACUAAACAAUUAAUAAAGUGGGCACUUAAAAGUUACUUUCCAAAAGAAAAAAAAUAAAGUGAAGCAGAUGGGUCGAGCUCUUACUCUCCUUCUCCACCUCCAAAACAAAAAUGA